AUGAACGACGAUAAUUUUAUGUCAAGUGGUUUUACUGAUCGAAUUGAUACUGCUCGUAUGAGAUAUCCUCAUUGUAUUGUUUGGACACCGAUUCCACUUCUUACAUGGCUUUUUCCGUUUAUUGGUCAUAUGGGUAUCGCACGUACUGAUGGAGUUAUUCGAGAUUUUGCAGGACCUUAUUACGUAUCAGAAGAUGAUAUGGCAUUUGGUCGACCAACAAGAUAUUUACAACUUGAUCUUAAUCGUAUUCCAACAACAUUAGGUACAAACAAUGUACAAAAUAUUUGGGACAAAGCUGUUGAACAAGCAUCCGAUGAAUAUAAAAAACGAAUGCAUAAUUUAUGUUGUGAUAAUUGUCAUUCACAUGUAGCUUUGGCAUUAAAUACAAUGAAUUAUAAUCGAAAAUAUUCUCAUAAUAUGAUUUCACUUUGUUUUUGGAUGUUUUUUCGUGGAAAAUUUGUCAGUUUUGUCGGACUUCUUCUUACUUGGUUGCCAUUUCUCAUACUAAUGUCUAUUAUUAUUGGUCUUACUGUCUUCUUCAAAGCACCAAAAUAA